AUGGAUCAAAUAGACUUGUCUUAAAUUUUAAAGAAACUAAAUGAAUGGAAGAAAUCAUCCCCAACAGCUGUAUAUAAUUUACUGGAUUAAAUUGGCACUCAAAAUUUUGGGUAAAACAGAAUUGUACAUCAGAAAUUUUUACUAGCAGUCCAAAAAUUAGCUUAAUUACAAGAAAUACCACCAAAUAGCAUUUAUAAAUCAUAUGAUUAUGAAAAAAUGAUCAAUAAAGCCAAAACAAUACUUAAAAUAUUGAGAUAACCAUUAAAAAUGGAAGUGGAAAAAGAAAAACCAGAACCAAUGAAAAAACAUAAUUUAUUUGCCGGAUACUAGCAACAAUAUACAGGAUAUGUUGAUAGAAUAUAAAAUCUAAAUCUAAUAAGCAAUCUAAUUUUACACAUAUUCAAAAACUGGGAGUAAACCAACAAAGAACAAUUAAUUUCAAUUGAUAAAAUUAAAGCAGUUACUAUAGGUUUAGAGAAAGAAAUAUAUUUGAGAAAUUUUUACAAAGACUCCAGGAAAAUGACUUAUGAAAUGGAUAUUAAAACUCUAUUGCAAUUUAUGAAAAGAGAUAAGACUGGGGAUGUACUUAUUAGAGUGUUCAAUAAAAGCUUAUCCUAUGAACAAGCAGCUUAAUUGAAAUCAGAGGAUUGGAUUGAUGAAAAAACUAAACUAAAUCAAAAGGCAGCCCAAAAGGAAGAACUUGAAAUUAAUUAAAUAGGCUUCUACAAAGAAAUCUCCAAAAGAGAAAUGGAUGGAGUUGAGGGUAAAUUAUGCAGAGGAUGCCAUCAAAAAAAAGUAUAUUUAGUAGAUGAAAAGCAAACUCGAUGUGCUGAUGAGCCUACUACUAAAUUCUUUGAAUGCUUUAACUGUGGAGAUAAAUUCCGUGUUUGA